ACACGGCUGUACCCUGGCAAACCCUGCCUUGGCAGCAGGUGCAGAGUGCAGCUAAUUGAAAACCUGGCGAAAUAUGAAUUAUGUUUUCCUCGCGCUUUUUCUCCAGAGGAAUUAACGACUCUCAAUUCCAGCACACACAAGCGAUGCCCGCGUUCCUCUGGGCCGUUCCCGGUGCGGAGCGACACGCCCGGGUCCCGCCCGAGCGCUGCGGUGGGACCGGAACCCCGGGGCAGCAUCGCAUUCCCCCGUUCCCAUCCCAUUCCCAUCCCCAUCCCCGCCGCCGGCGGAGGGCGGGCGCUGCCGCAGUCGCUCACCUGCGGGGGCGGCCCCUCCGCCCGGCCCGGCCCGGCCCGGCCCUGCCCGAACAUGCGCCGAGGCUCCGGCUGCCGCCGCUCCACACACACCAUGCGAGCGGGCUGCGGCGGCCGCCGGGGAGCAGCAGCAGCAGCGCCAGCCGUGCCCGUCGCUCUCCCGCCCUCUCCUCAGCCGCUGCCCGUCGCGACGCCUCAUGGACGCCCAGCCGGCCGGCAGCGCCGGUACCCGGUCAUCUACAUCAGACCUCAACGUGGCACUGCGUGAAUGUAUGGCAGCUCUGGAUUUAUUUCUUAACAACAAGUUCUCAGAUGCUUUGGCUUCUCUACAAGCAAAAACUAAAGAGAGCAUGUAUCAUGCCCUGACCUAUGCCACCAUACUGGAGAUGCAGGCUAUGAUGACAUUUGAUCCUCAGGACAUACUGAAUGCAGGGAACACAAUGAAGGAAGCUCAAGCCACCUGUCAAAGAUUUAGGAAGAAAUCUACUGUAGCUGAUUCUUUCAACAACCUUGUGCAUAGGCAAAGCCUUGAACACUUCACUGAAGAGGAAAUCCAUGCAGAAAUUUGUUAUGCUGAAUGUUUACUUCAGAGAGCAGCACUCACAUUCCUCCAGGAUGAGAAUAUGGUCAGCUUCAUAAAAGGAGGCAUCAAAGUCCGAAACAGUUACCAAACCUACAGGGAGUUGGACAGUCUCAUACAGUCCCCACAUUAUGUCAAAGGAGAGAACCAUCUUCAUUUUGAGGGAGGUGUAAAACUUGGAGUUGGAGCAUUUAACCUGACAUUGUCCAUGUUUCCUGCACGGAUUCUGAGAUUACUGGAGUUUGUUGGAUUUUCUGGGAAUAAGGAACAUGGUCUGCUGCAGCUUCAAGAGGGAGCAUCUUCAUACAGCUUUAGGUCGGUGCUGUGUACCAUGCUGUUGCUUUGCUAUCAUACUUUCAUGACCUUUGUGUUAGGGACAGGAAAAGGAAAUGUUGAGGAGGCAGAAAAACUACUUAAGCCUUACUUGGCACGCUAUCCAAAGGGAGCCAUAUUCCUGUUUUUUGCAGGCAGGAUAGAAACACUAAAGGGUAAUAUUGAUGCGGCAGUCAAUAGGUACGAGGAAUGCUGUGAAGCUCAGCAGUACUGGAAGCAGUUUCAUCACAUGUGCUACUGGGAGCUGAUGUGGUGCUUCACCUACAAGCGCCAGUGGAAGAUGGCUUUUUUCUAUGCAGACCUGCUGAGCAAAGAAAACACUUGGUCAAAGGCUACUUACAUUUACAUGAAAGCUGCUUAUCUCAGUAUGUUUGGACCAGAUGACUGCAGUCCUUUUGGAGACAGCGAAGUUGAAUUAUUUAGGAUUGUUCCCAGCCUGAAACUGAAAAUUGCAGGGAAAUCUCUGCCCACAGAAAAGUUUGCAAUUCGGAAAGCACGGCGGUAUCUUUCUUCAAACCCCAUUCCUUUGCCUGUCCCACCUUUGGAAAUGAUGUAUAUCUGGAAUGGCUAUGCUGUAAUUGGAAAAUGUCCCAACUUAACAGAAGGCAUGUUAGAGACUUUAAAUGAAGCAGAAGAAGCAUUGGCAAGAAGUUCAGCUACAGAACUACUGGCAGAUGACCGGUGUGUGAUAAAGCUGUUAAAGGGAUUAUGCUUCAAGCAUUUGGGCAAGAUCUCAGAAGCAGAAGACCACUUUAAUUACAUCUAUUUAAAUGAGAAGAAGAUAAAAUACGACCAUUACCUAAUUCCAAAUGCCUUGCUGGAGCUGGCAAUACUGUAUCUGGACCAGGAUAGAAGAGAAGAAGCAAUAAAACUUCUGGAAAAAGCAAAACAAAACUACAAGAAUUACUCCAUGGAAACAAGGACACAUUUCAGAAUUCAAGCGGCCCUGCACCAAGCCAAAUCCGCCCCAGAAAAUGGAAUGCACUGUGGAGCCUCGGCAGUGUCGUAACUUUUUCUUCUUUGAUGUUCUGUUUGUUGAAAACUUUGGUGCAGAAAAUUACUGACACUUCAGAAUUAUUUUUCCUUUUCUUUCAAGUCAGUGAAAAACCAAAUAACUUAAAAUUUCAAAGGUGAUGCAUAAAAGAUUAAUCUAGUGUAAAAACAUGGCAAAAAAUCUCUCAAACCAACCAUAACCCUGAAAAAUAUUGUUUUUCCAACAGUGGCUUUUUGACACUUGGACACACCUCCAUGUGUGUAAUUAAUUUUUCAAUUGUGUGCCUUUUUCUUGCAUUUGCAACAUUAUGUUGUAGCUUGCUUAGUAAAAGGGGAACAUUUGAAAAAAAAAAACCAAACAGCAAAACUUUAAGAUUUCCAGAUUUAAUCUGUUACUUGUAAAUGUUUGUUUGCAUCCAUACUGCUAGCAGCUGAGAAGGAAGCAUUGCUUUUUCCCAGUACCUGCUUAGUUGGAAUGGUGGGAGAAAAUCUCACAGCAGGGAGGAGCUCUGGAUCCUGGGCAUGUCUAGUUGUGCACAGGAAGCUUCUCUUUACCAGAAGAGAAAUAUUCUCUUCCCAUUUUUGCUUCUGUAAGAACCCUGCUGGUGAAAAGAACGGUCUCCCUUAUGCAAGUACCUUGACUUCUUCUUGAGUUUGGUUUUCCUGUCAAGUCUGCUGCUUGUAGCAGCUGAAUUAAUUUACUGAGGAUUGCAAGGGGAAAGGUGGUGAUGGCAUAAAACUGCAUCACUUCUUCUUUGACAAUGGGAGGUUCUUAGGAAAUGUCUUUUGUCAGAAUGAACAUGAUCUGAAGCUUAUGUCAAAUAGAAAGCACAAGUCCUUGAAGGUCAUUUAGGAGAUGGCAACACUGCAGUGGCUGCUCUCAGGAUUCCCAAGCUGAGAUGUCCCUGUUGCACAAGGCUGAUGUUCCCUGUGGGAGGAAGCCGGGGCUGGAGCAGGCUCCCUCAGCACAAAGGACAAAGCUCUUUAUCUUUCUGCUCUUUAUUGAUCUUUUGGGAGGUUUUUUGUGUUAGGGGCUUUGAGAAUAGAGCAAUGAGCUGGGUCUGCUUUACAGUGCUGCCAUGGAAUUCCUGCUUUGUUGGAAAACUGGUAAAGUCAGUGGUACCACAACUUUGCCUCCUGCUUGCUUUCUCCAGGCUAGCUCCAUGUCUGUAUGCCUCUGGGGUUUUGGGGCACACUUCUACCUCCCUUUUGAAAGAGCUUCUUCCCCAUGACCCAUUCUGAUGGGUGGAGAUGGGAGGUCUUCUGACAGCCCUUUCUCUCCAAUGGAGACGUUUGUCAGGAAGAUUCAUAUCUAUGUACCUCUCAGUGCAUAUCCUUUCUAAAGUGAUUGUUCCCAGCGGAAAAGAAAUUUGACAGUUUAUAGCUCUGCUUUUGCCUCCUCAAAGGAAAUAAAAUUGUUUUGUAACUGUAGAUUAAUAUGCAAGGAGACAGAACCACCAGUUCCUCAACAUGGAGAACUUGAUUAUCUUAAAAAUAGAUGCCCUUUAUAAAAGUCUUUGCAAGUUAAAAAUCAUAGAUGAAGAAUGCGUUUUUUAAAGUGACUUUCUCAGAUAAAUUCAGUUCUGAUAAAUUUCUUGAUUCAGAUAAAAUUCAGUAUAAACAGUUACGCUAUUUACAUGCUGCACAUCAAAACUUCAGUGUAAAAAUUCAGUCAUUCUUUGUAUAGAAUAAAAAAAGUUUCUUGUUCUACUUCAUGCAUAU